CGUUAGACACAAUGGCUCUAGGUGCAAGCAUUUUUGUUUUGUGUUUAGUGAUUUUGGGCACAAAAGCACAAUUGAAUAUCGUUGGCAAUCUCGCAGGUGGUCUUACUGAGGGGUUAGUGGAAGGACUAGUAGAAACUGUGGUUGGUAAUAUACCAGUUGCUGGAAAUGUCGUUACAAGUGUUGUUAAAGAAGUACCGAUAGCUGAAGGAGUUGCGACUGCCGUAGAAACGCUAGGAACAGUUGGUGAUGUAACUAGCAAUCUGGUAAACGCAGUAGAAUCUGUAACUGAAGGUGUUUCAUCUUUAGGACCAGUUUCAGAAGUACUAGAUAUAGUCAGUGAUGUUGCUAGCGAUCCGGCAAAUUUGAUAGAUACUGUAACUGGUUCAGAUAAGUUAGAUAUUGUCGAAGAUGUACCAAUACUUGAAGAAGUUUCAUCUGUGGGGCCAGUAUUAGAAACAUUGGGACCAGUCAGUAAUGUAGUUAGUAAUCCUACGGAUGCUGUAGCAAAGGUAAUUGACUCUGAUGCUGGUAAAGAUUUGCCAAUUGGAAAAGUUACGGAUUCCAUAAGUGACAAUGUAGUUUCUUCAACGGGAAAGAUAGCGGGAAAAACUUUGCUAAGAUUAAUCUUAAUGAAACGUCUUGGUUUAAUAAAGUCUUGAAUUGUAUGGUAUAAAACUAUUUUUCAACAUCUCCUAAAGCAUCCCUUUAUGCUUUAAAAACUGAUAAGAAAGUUCAACUUUAUCCACUUGAGUGGCAAUGUAAUGUGAUGAAAAUUUUGAGAUGUUACCUCAUUGAAAUAACUUUUAAGCGAUUAUUUUGAAUAAUAAAUAUUUUUACAUUUGGA